AUGACCUCAGCGGGCGGUGCCGUCGGUGGCGGAGGCGGAGGCGGCACCCAGCAGCGAGUGGUGCUGAUUUCCGCCGGACAGACGCUGACCACCACCUCGGCGGCGAUUGUCAAUGCAGCGGGGGGCAGUGGUGGGUCGAUCACGGUGCCCAAUCCAGCGACGGUGAAGCUUUCCAGUGCAGCUACUGCCGCAGCUGUUGAUGCUACGGUUUCAAGUACGACGCCAGCAGUAGCGGUAGCAGCAGCGACCAGCACGCCGCCUGGCAAUAUUCCGCAAACGGAUGGAGCAGACGAUGAACCACCACCACCACCACCGUCAUCGGCUGGAGCAUCAACUUCACAAGCAUCAUCAUCAUCAUCAACAUUAGCAGCAUCAGCAACAAUUGGCGGCGAUUCGUCGGCAGCUAAAGCUUUGCCAAGCGAUGCGCCGCAGCAGACUUCACAGCCUCCAUUACCACCACCACCACCACCUCAACAAGCGCCGGUUUUAGCUUCGGCCAGUGUCGUUGAAAAGGCCGAAACUGCUGCUGAUCAAGCCACAGGAG